CAGAGUUUUUAAUUGACUAUUCCGUCUAUCUUAGGGAGGUUCCAGAGAAAUAUGUGUUUCACCAUUGGUUGAUUGGACACGAGAUCUAUCUCGCGAGGUAUUCCUGAGAUAAUAGAUAGCGUAUUUUAGAAUUCAGAAUACUUGCCUUUUUCCAUUGCAAAAACUUACACAUUUUCAUGAGCCCUUGACGUGUUUGAAACGUUGGAUUAAUAUCAUUAUUACGCGAGCACACCACAUCACAAUCACAGCAAUGAGUGAGGCGGCAUACUGAUGUUAAUAACAUAGAUAAUGAAUUUUACCCAUUUGGUGGCAGCGGCUUACAACAGUGGGUGUAACAUUGGUCAAUGAAACAGUAUCACGCUGAAUGCCAUCAUGCCGAACAUCAAGACAUUUUGCCGCAUCAAGCCCACAGAGGAGGCAUACAACGAGAUGGAAACAACGAAGACCACCCUGUACCUGCGUGUUUCAGAGGUCCUGAAAGACUUUGGGGCCAAUCAGAAGGGAUCAAGGUCAUUCAUUAAUCAUGAGUUCAAUUUCGACCACAUCUUCCAGCAAAAUGCCUCACAACAGGACAUCUUUGAUGUUGCUGCAUUAGACAUAGUCAAUGGAUUCUUGAACGGCUACAAUGGCACGAUAUUUGCCUAUGGUCAGACGGGAACUGGAAAAACAUAUACAAUGGAAGGCAGUGCUAAGACGUACCAUUCCCGGGGGCUGGAACCCAGGGCCCUGUCCAUGAUCUACCAGGAGUUGGAGAAGCGUACCACAGAAGACCUGAGUGUCCACAUCUCAUACCUUGAGAUAUACCAAGAUGUGGGAUACGACCUUCUCAACCCAGGGGCCAGGACCCAGUCAUUUGUAACACCUUUCCCAAAGGUGAAUGUGAUAGAGGGUCCAAAUGGUUCCUGUGUCGUGCGCAACCAGACAAACCACCUGGCUGCCAGCGAGGACGUGGCCCAGAGUCUCUUGCUGCAAGGUCAGGCCAACCGAAAGGUCGCGGCAACUGCAGUGCAUGACCGGUCAUCACGGUCUCAUGCUGUGCUUACUAUACAACUCUCUGCCAAGAAGAUGGACUCUGACACUGUUGUCAAAUCCAAGCUUCAUUUGGUUGACCUUGCGGGUUCUGAGCGAGUUGCUAAGACGCGCGUGCUAGGUCAGCAGUUAACAGAGGCCAAGUCAAUUAACCUAUCCCUACACUACCUAGAGUCUGUGAUAGUAGCCCUGCAGGAGGAGGCACUGAACAAGGAGAAGGUUGCACGCACUCGCACAUCUGUUGGCAGUCGCAAGUAUUACUUCUCAAAUCGCCCUACCUCUGCUGACGACAUCCGCGGGCCCCGUCAUGUCCCCUACAGGAACUCCCUGCUUACCAUGCUCCUCAGGGACAGCCUGGGGGGCAAUUGCAUGACGUCCAUGAUUGCCACAAUCUCUCUUGAAAUAUCCAACCUCGGUGAAUCAAUAUCCACGUGCAGAUUUGCUGGGAGAGUAGCCUGCAUUGCCAACGCUGUAUCGCGUAAUGAAGAAUUAGAUGAGAAAUCCUUGAUUAGGAAAUUAAGGAAAAGAAUAGCAGAACUGGAGACUGAAUUAGCUUGCAUCAAACUGGAUAAGGUGGGAGACUCCGACAUCCGUAUGCAGCUGACAGAUGCAGACAAGGAGCUAUGUGUGGAGGUGGUGAACCAGUACCUGUCUGGCAAGAUAGCAGACCCCAUUUCUGCAGGUAUUACUGAUCCACACAAAUUCCGUGAGUGCUUGAGGAUCCUGAAGAAAGUGGUGUCCAGGGCUCACAAACUGGACCCCAAUAACAACAGUCCCUACCGGUCGGGCGGAGAGCCGGAACUGGUUCCCAUAGCAACCAUAGAGCGCAACGACUCACAGAAGCUGAAGGAAGACCACGAGGCGCCCAGAACCAAGCCUAUACCAAAGCCACGCAACAAAGCAGGCAUCCAGAGGUCCGUGUCUUUUGAAGGGCCUUCACCUUGUGUGGCACAAGGUGUGGACUUACCCGCACCAAUGCGGGAGACCCGCAGACAGAACACACAGGCAUGGGUCGAUGAAUCUCCGCCUGCACACAAGGUUUCGACCACACAGUCUGGCGAGAAGACAUGGACUGCCAACAGUAAGAGGGAGCCGGAGACGCUUUCCCAGCUUCUACAAGAGGUAGACAAGCCCCUGACACCUUACGAACAGAAGAGAGUCCAGGACAUCAAGAAACUCAACUCAAAGGUGGAGAGGCUGGCAGCAGAGCGUACUGAGCAGGAGCAACAGGUGAUAGAGAUGAAGAUUCAGGUGGCUGAGAAAGAGCUCGACCUCAUGGACAGGCAUAUGAGGACAAAGCUGAUAGUGGCCUCAGCUCAGGUUCAGGACCAGGUGGCGUACAUCAAGCAGCUGCUGAGCACAGAGGCCGACCCAGCGCUGGUAGAGCAGGAGAGGCUGGUUGAGAAACAGCUCAGACGCAGGAAGGACAGAUACGAGCGCCAGCUGGAGUACAUAGCGGCAAGGCGUGAGCAGAUGAAGCAGCACGUGGAGGGAAAGACGACCAUGACGGAGGCCCAGCUCACAUCCAUGCAGGACAAGUUUGGACAGUUCCGCAAACGAGACGGCUCCCUGAACACACGCCAGGUCUUCCAGAUGUUGAAGUCAGAGGAACGCAAACAGACAAAGGCCAAGCUUCAGGUAGAGCAGCAAAAGAUCAUUGCCAAUGCCAACCUGAUGGAAAUGAAGGAGUUAGCAACGCGCCAGAAACUCCGUGAGCUCAAGGAAGCCAUGUCGUCUGGCAAGUCCUUCCUUAAUGUGAGUGCACAGAAUGGAGACGAAAUUGGUGAGAGCAACCAUUCUCGCCAAAAGCAAGAAAACCUUGAAAAUAAAAGUGGCACCAGUGACCUUCAUUUUAAGAAAAACAAUUUAAAUGGGGGGCAGUUGCUCAAUUUAAGUGUUUCUGAACAGUCAGAAUUGAAUAUAUCUAGUGCUAGUGUUCCCAGCAAGGAGUUUUAUGCGCCAAGAAAGACUGAGAAAGAUCCUACAAACAAAUGGGAGGCAAACUAUUCAAGGCCAACAACGCCUUCGAAUUUGUCUUUCCAGAAUCAGAACGGUGAUGUGAACACUAGUCAUGUGGACCAGAAUGAAAGUGCUGUGAGUAAAAGUGAGGUAGAGGAGUUAAGGUUUGUGAAUCCUGGAAAGAAGACGGUUUUAACGGAAGAUGACAUGCUUGAAAUUCAAAGCAAGAGAUUUGAGAAAGAAUUGAACACUAGUAAAAUUCAGCGAAACAAUGAAAGGAAAAACAAUGACCAAAGAACUUAUAUGCCUAGUGAGUAUGUAAAUGGAAUAUCAAACGGUGAUCAGUUUGAUGCAAGAAAAAUGAACCUGUCUUCCAAAAACUUUGAUUCAGCAUUGAGCUCCAUGUUAGGGCAAGAGAACAACAAACUUCUUCCGGAUGACAAGGACUACGAGCAGUAUGCCCGCACCUCCAAGUACAGGCCUAACCCCUACCUGGAAUCUCAGAAGGCCACCUCACCACUGCGAGGGGUCAAAGGUCAGGGCCAGAGAUCAUUAAAGGUCAAGGACUCCAGAUCUACAGAGUCUUUCAAGCAGGAGCCAGACUAUGGGGAUGACUCAACUGUUUUGCCAAAGAAGUUUCGCAAUUUCCGUGAUGCCCAGCCUCCAAGAAGACGAGACCCCAAACCAAGACCUAGACCCUCGUCUGCAGUGGACAGGUUUGAUAGGUACGAGACCGAGGCGCCAUGGCGGGAGUUUGGGCUCGUGCCCCGGGGGCAAAAGGAAGGCUUUGACAUGCAGAGAUUCCUGAUGAGCUCAACGUUGAACACAACUCAGAACUCAACCAUCGUCGUUGACGACGAAGAUGACCGACCAAAGAGGGUGGUCGCAAUGGACGACCAAGAGCGAGAGAAAACGUACAUGAGCAAGGCCAUGGUGGAGCGUAACCGCGUGAACAGAAUACGCAAGGCUCGCAUGUCUGCCGAAAUCAUACAGCGUGCCUGGCGGCGCUACAAAGCUAGGAGAGAGUUGCAGAGACUGAGACGAACCAAACGAUAGACUCACUUAAAAUGCAGAUUGCCAGCUAGCAAAAAUAUACAACUUUGUGUGAUUUUUUUAGGCAAAAUAUGUAAGGAAUUUUAUGGUAAAAAAAUACAAUUUUUACAAGUAUUAAAUUUGAUCAUACUGUAGUUGGAUAAGUCUUAAAACUGGCGUUUGAGUGAACAAAACAUGAACAUAACUUUCAUGUUUAAACUAUCACAUGACACAUCAAUACUACGCUCAGUUAAGAAAAUAUAAGUUUUUCAGUGUGAGGCAGCCUGCUUUAAUGUGCUUCUUUCACAUAUCAGAAUAGGUCUCAUUGGGUAUCUGUAUGUAUACUAUUAUGAACUGAAUUCUGAUACUGGCAGAUAAUGUGCUGUGAUAUUAGAAACAAAUGUGUGAUAUUACAUGAUACGCUUUAUGUGUCAAAAAUUGCAUUUUACAUGUAUGUAAGUGGGUUUAAUUCACUUUCAUCAAAUACACAAUGUUAAUUUUAUUUAUUAUAUUUCUUUAAUGUAUUAUAUUAAAAUUUAUUAUAAAUUGUUAAUAAUUUUUAUGCAUUGUAUUGUUGGCAUUUUUUUAUCAUGUUUUAUGUCUCAUUCAUGUUUUGCAAAAGAUUAUGUAGUAUUUACUGGUCUUUAGCAAGACAAAAUAUUGCUGAACAUUUAUUUUUAUAACACCUGAUCACAAAGCACUCAGAAGUGAGCAAUUUAGAUCAGUAACCCUCCGUCAUGAACAAUUUACUUUGAAGAAAUGUUUAUACAUGUUUCUUGGAUGGUUCCCUACCAAAAUAAUGUGUAAAUUCAAAUUUAUUUGAUUAAAAAAAACAUGGCCUAGAAGGUGUGAGGCCUUUUUUGCAGUUAUUAAUAUAUGGGAAACUUUGCAAAAAUGUUAUCAGACUCUGCUGAACUGGUUUUAAAGUUAUUGAACACAAAUUGUUCUUGAGUGGUCUUUAAUCAAAUUUGCGCUGUAAGGCCUAGAGUCAUUGAAAUUGUAUGUGAAGUUUUUUAGUAAAAGAAGAAAAUGAAAUAUUUAAUGCAAGUUUAUUCUGCAUCAAUAUUUGUACUUAAGUAGUUUUACUAUGUAGAGUUAAACAGUUGUUAACCUAAUAUUUGAUCUUAUCCACCAAGACUUGUUGAUUUUAUCACUGUUAAACUUUAUAGAUAUGUUUUUGUAAAUGUGCAAGACAUUCUUUUUGUACAUAUAUUACAGUAUUCUGAAAGAAUUAUGUUCCCUUGAACUUUUAGAAACUUACAUUGUUGUAAAUGUGUACUUUGUGUCAACAACAGAUUCUGUGCAUCAAACAAAACUUCUUAGGAGUGUUGUUUAUACUCUGUAGCGUUGCAGAACGUUAUUUUUGUGCAUGUCAUGCGAUUUCUUGCAGUGGUAUUGACCCUUCCACUGAUUAAAUCGAUUCCAAAAAUUAACAUGAAGCCUUUUGUCUUUUGGGUGUGAUAAAUGUGAAGUAGCAAACAACUUUAGAUAAAUCUUACUGGUCCAAAAGUAUUGCAACUGCUUAAAAUGAGCGAAUAAGGGUAUGUUUCAUCUUCAGUAUUUGUUAUAUUUAUAAUUUUAUAACUUUAUUUCAAACAUAUGUGAACUAGAUUAAGCAUUAAAACAUGUUAUUAUGGUGCCUUAAACUCAGGUGAGCCACCUACCGAUAUCAUAACCAUCUUGUUUCAUUGUUUCAUACUAGGAAAGCGGAAGUUGAUAUUGCAUUUCAUUAUAAAAAAAUCUUUGACAUUUUCACCCAACAGUCAAGUAUAAACAAUCACACCACAAUCAGUAUUUAUUUAUUCUUGCCAAAUUGUAAACAUUGCAUUUAGAUAAAUAUAUUUGUUUGUUAUCCCCCGCCAUAGGCGGAGGGAUAUUGUUUUGGCGUUGUCCGUCCAUCUGUCCGUCCGUCUUUUCGUCCGUUUGUCCGGCACUUUUGUGUCCGGAGCCAUAUCUUGUAAGUGCUUUGGCGGAUUUCAUUGAAACUUGGUAUGAGUAUAUAUAUAUGAAUAAGAGGAUGAUGCACGCCAAAUGGCAUUGUACACCAUCUGUUAAUAACGGAGUUAUUGCCCUUUGUAUCUUGAAAAAAUGCUUUUUUGAGUGUCAAAUCACACUUGUGUGUCCAGAAGCAUAUAUACAGGAUCAAUUCAACGAAUUUGCUUGUUGUAAAUGAUUUUUGUGUUAAUGAUAUUUAAGCAAAUUAACUAUAGUUUGGAAUAACAUGUAUUGUGUAUGCAUUAGCUGAAUGACAUUGAUAAACCGCAAAUUAUUGUGAUUAUAAAAUGAUCAUACAAAUAUUUAUCAAAAUGAAGUGAUUAACCAUUUAUUAUUGCAGUUGUCAGGUCAGGAUUUCUUGUUUGUAUUUGUUCAUUUGAAAGGUUGACAAUGGCUCCCUAAUUAAGAAAGUUUUUCUCCAGAAAGGUUUGCAAGAAUCAUUUUAGAACUGUGUUUACCGUAAUUAAUCUAAGUUUUCGGACUCCCCUUUUUUUGGCAAAAAUAAUUAUUUUUCGUGACUCUACGCUUAUCUUGUGACAUUUUGAUCAACGGGUAUUACAAAAGGAUAAAGGUUUUAAAACCUGGGAGACGCAUGCCUGAGGGCAACUGACCAUAACAUUUGCUUAAACAUAAAAAUAACCAGUGUAUUUUAGAAAACAAUCGCUUCACCCAACAGCAUUUUAAAUAUCUUCAUCUUUAGGAAGCAGUAUUUUGUAUGUUUUUACUUUUUGUUUUUUAUCAUUUCAGGCAAGUGUAAGCAAAUCUGUGAAGUUGUUUAAAUUUAAAUAAAGUAGAAACACUAUUGUGCAUUGAUUUAUUGCUUUUAUUUCAAUAUAAUUAUAAUUUUUGGACAUUAAAUUUUUGUCUCUAAAAUUUCAGACACCUGUUUAAAAAAAAAAAAAUCUGUAUCUAAAUUUUGGAUACGAAAAAAAUAAAAAAUUUAGUGUCAGAAAACUGAGAGUAAUUACGACACGUACCGUUUUUUUGUCUAAACUUAAUAAAUGUAUACAAGCUGGCUUUCGGUAAUGAUUAGAUUGUUGGUUUUGUAGUAAUGCAGGAAUUAACUAUAUUUUUAUUAAAAUGAUAACAGUGUAAGAUGUUGGUUUGUUUUUUGUGUGCAAAAAUCUUGACGUAUGUACAGUAACAAUAUACAUUUCUGCUCAAAGUGGUGAGUUCUUGUAUGUCGAUGCUGUUAAUGAUAGUAUCUUUGACUCAGACAAAUAAAGGUAAACUUGUUGAAAGAAUAAAUAAAAUUAAAUAGCAACCAA